AUGGCGGUCGUUGAGAGAAUGAUCGAUAUCCCUACCGGGGUAUCUUUAGACGUCACAAUGAUUACAUCCAAUGCCUCUUCAGAAGACCACAUAAAGCUGGCAGUGUUCGCCCAUCCAUGGUCAAUGUUGGGAGGACGAAAGGAAGACCCUGUUCUACAUCGACUCGUCACCCCAUUCCUUCAGAAAGGAUACCGUGUAGUGGUCUUCAACUCCCGCGGCGUUGGAAAGUCGACAAAAUGGCCUUCAUUGAGCUCAAUAUCAGAGGCUGAGGAUCUCAAGGCCUUUGUUAAUGUCCUCGUCGCCGAAACUGCAGCUUCUACCGGCAAGUCGGUCACGUCUGUGGUCUUGCUGGGCUAUAGUCACGGAUCUAUUGCGGUAUCUCAUCACCCCGCGUCGCUCAAAGUUGCCGUCGAGUCUGCAAUACCAGUCCGGCACAUCCUCUUGUCGUAUCCUCUUUCACCCAUGCCGUUUCUCACGGCAUUCUACCACAACACACAUGCAAACAAACUGAAGGAACUUAUCUCCGACGUUGGCGGUCGGGUAUUGGUCCUUUAUGGCGACCACGACCAGUUCACGGCUGAGGCCAAGUACGAUACUUGGGCUACCACACUGAAAGACGGUAGCAAAGGGGAUUUAAGAGUUGUCAAGAUUCCGGGAGCAGACCACUUCUGGCAUGGUCAGGCAAAUAGACAACUUCAGGGUGCCGUAAGCGACUGGCUCAACGAAGAUUGA